AUGGAAAAGAGAGACAGGAAGCCGGGAUAUUUUGCCAGGCUGAAGAGGCGGAGACAGCUCAAGCAGAGCCAGUCCGAGAAGAAUGUGGCUGAGCAGAACCCGGGGAUAAUUUCCUGUCCAGACAUCCCAAAUGACAGCGACCCCAACAGGAAGAAAGACCUCCAGAAAAUAACAGAAAAGCCACCUGCAGGCUCGGACGAUGACGGUAAAAGUAAGAAUCAGGCAAAGAGGGAGAAGAAGAGGCCACCAGGGACAGUGGAUUUCAUCGUGGGACCUGAUGACUCCCUCAUCAGCAUCGCACUCAAGUUCAACAUCACCCCAAACAAACUGGUCCAGCUGAACAAGCUCUUCUCUCGCAGUGUCUACCCCGGUCAGAAGCUGUUUGUCCCCGAUGUGUCAGAAACUGACCUAAGGUCUCUGAGUUCCUCUGAGCCCUCCUUUACAAAUGGCUUAUCAGAGAAAGCAUCCCAUGGCGGCGUUUCAAACUGCAUGUCAGCAAAGUCCCUCCGGCGUGAGCUCUCCCCAAACUCCGAGGACGAGAGCCCGGCAACGGUUAAAUUCAUCAAGAUGAGCUGCAAAUAUUUUACUGACGGCAUGGGAGUGGUGGGAGGCGUGCUGAUUGUCACCCCCAACAACAUCAUGUUUGACCCCCACAAGUCGGACCCCCUGGUGAUCGAGCUCGGCUGCGAGGAGUACGGCCUGAUCUGCCCCAUGGAGGAGGUGGUCUCCGUGGCGCUGUAUGACGACGUGUCGCGCAUGAAGCUCAAAGAUGCUCUGCCAUCAGACCUACCCCAGGAUUUGUGUCCUGUGUACAGGCCCGGCGAGUGGGAGCAACUGCCGUCGGAGCGAGAUCUAAACCCUUUCAGCCGCUAUGAAGCUCUUGAUCCAAAGCGACCAAUCGUCUUGGACGACAUCGAAUCAACCCUGUCAGAAACCGCGAGCACAGAGGGCGAGCAGACAGAGAAGUCUCCGUCAGACGAAGGCUUCACAGAGUUGGAGCCAACUGUCAACGGGAGCAUUGAAGAGACAGAGGGGAUGUCCAAAACACUCAGCACUGUCAGCAGGGACCAACAGGAACUCGGACCCAGCCGCCCAGGCCGGGCACACUUUCAGGACAAGUCGAUUCUUGGUCAAACUAAAGUAAAGCUAGAUGAUGAAGAGGAUGAGGGCGUAGCUCAGAACAACUCUAUUGAGGAUGGAGAGUCAAUACAAUUCUCUUCAGAGACUAAAAAACAGGGUGACUCGCGUCACAAACCAGUAAACCAAGAGGAAACCAAAGAUAUCACACCUAAAGGGACCGAAGAGCUGCUAAAUGAUAAAAUAAUCGGCGCACCAGUGGACCAAAACAGGGAAUUUAGUCUGAAGGAGGCUUCCGAGGUUGGUGGGGACUCGAGUCCUAAGAGACAAAGCCCAGACAGACCAGCAGGUGGGGCUGAACUCAGUGAGGAGGAGACUCGGAAGAAAAGCUAUGAGGCAGAAGUGAAGUCAUGGCUGCUGGAGAGGGUGCAGGCUCCAAUAGAAGACAUGCUUUCUUCAUCCGAGGAGAAGAGUAAAAUCCCACCUAUGUUCCUAUGCUUCAAAGUGGGAAAGCCAAUGAGGAAGUCCUUUGCCACCGGGAUGACCUCUAGUCCCGCCUACUCAUUUGGGGGCCGGGGCAAACAGCCAGAGUACUGGUUUGCUGUGCCACAAGAAAGGGUGGACCAUCUGUAUGCAUUUUUCGUCCAGUGGUCUCCGCAUGUGUACGGGAAGGAGGCUCGGGAGCAGGGCUUUGUUGUGGUGGAGAAAGAUGAGCUGGACAUGAUUGACAACUUCUUCAGUGACCCUGCAUCUUGCAGCUGGGAGAUCAUCACCAUUGACGAGGCGAAGCGUAGGCAGAGUUUCAGCAGCUGUGACGGAGAAUUGCCAGUGGAUGCGCUGCCCAUGCUCAGUGAUGCCAGUGAUGUGCUGCAGGACACACACAUUGAGAAGCUUGCCUGUCGCUUGCCCGCGCGUGUGCAGAUUUACCCCUGGAGACUGGCCUACAGCACUGUGAAACAUGGGACCAGCCUGAAGACUCUGUACAGGAGCCUGGCAGAUGUGGACAGUCCUGUGUUGCUGGUCAUUAAAGAUAUGGAUAACCAGAUAUUUGGGGCUUUCUCGACUGAUCCCUUCAGAGUGAGCGAACACUGCUACGGCACAGGAGAGACAUUCCUCUACAGCUUCUGUCCUGAGAUCAAGGUGUACCGCUGGACGGGGGAGAAUUCUUACUUUGUGAAGGGCAAUACUGAUUCUCUGCAGAUGGGAGGAGGAGGUGGUCAGCUGGGUCUGUGGCUGGACGCUGAGCUGUACCGAGGCACCACCACCAAAUGUGCCACCUUCAACAACCAGCCGCUCUCCGCCCAGCAGGACUUCAACAUCCACAGUGUGGAGGUCUGGACCUUCGAGUAGGCCCCACCUGUUUCGAGCUACUCCUACAUUCACUCUCCGCUCCAAACCUUCAAACAUCCCCCCCCCCCAAGUGUUAUUACGCACUUGUAUACUUGGAGGCAAACCUAGCUACCCCACAAUGACACUAAAUGUUCUGUGAAAGAAGCCUGUGCAGUUGUGACUGGACUGGUUUUUGAGGUGGGUUUGACCUGCAGGUAGGUUGGCCAGUUCAUGUCUGGUUCCUCUGCACUUCAAAGGUGGAAGUGUGAACAAUUUUUUGUUUCUCUGUUUAUUGGCUGCCUUAGACAUCUGUCAACGCCUCCAGCUUUCCCAGCAUGCAGACUGCCUUACCAACAUAAGCGUAUGAGGAGAGGGAGAAUAGGAAGGCUGCUGAUGUUACUGUUGGGGUUAUUCUAUAAAACAUAUUUCAAGUGUGUAUGGAAGAACAAGGUAUCCCAUAAUGAUGUUGGUUACUUUGUGCAAAGAUAAUGAUGAAUUAGUUGAUUUGGGAAUGUACAGGAUAAUGUGCUGAAGACUUUUGGAAUCUUUCUUCUUUUCUUUUUUUUUUCUUUUUUUUU